AUGUCAUCGGGGCCGCAAAUUUUGCGAAUCAAGCGGAAGAGGACGGAAGACCCGUUGCAGGCACUUCUAGUGGAGAACCGUGGCUCGAAGCGGUCGAAGCCGGCGAACUACGUGUUCAAAUUGACCAGAACAGAUGAGACCAAUAACGACGUUGACGGGUCCAAAAUUUUGGAGCGAGACGAAUCGACGACCGGCAGGAAAGUGUUCAGCAUUCCAAAGAAAGAUGACGAGGUCGACCCCCAGCUGAUGGAGAUGUUACAGGACUAUCUCCGAACCAGCGACGUCAAGGAGGAACACCAUAAGCCUCCAAAAAGACGAAUGUCGAACGCCUCUGCAGAAGUGGAAAAGCCGCCAGUCCCCGUCCAGGAGGAUAACGACUACGUCUACGACGUUUACUAUCGGGACAAGGCGGUGACAGAGCAAUGGGAGAAGGACAAGAUAGGAUACAUUCAGUUUGACGAAGACGAUAUGGAGACGAUUGACGAGCAGGAGGAAAUUGCAGAACAGACCGACGACGAAGACUCGAACGACGAGAACUUCUACCGAAACGACUAUCCCGAGGACGAGGACGGAGGAUACGAGGACAGCGAGUUUGAGGAGCCGAGCGACGACCAGGACGACGAGUUCGACAUCCUGCACGACCGGCGCCGGUUCAGUGUUCAGGAUGUGCGGGAGACAGAAGGUCUGACGGAGGAGGAGGUGGAGGAACUGUACAAUAGGUUUGACGAGAGCGUGCUAGAGGACUAA